AUGUCUCAAUCUUCUCUCAGUGUUCUAGUGAAAACGGUCAAGCUUGAUUUGAAGCUAUGGCUUCAAAAUCCCAGUAACGACUCUUCUCUUUCCCUUCUAAUACGUGAACUUAACACAAAACUCCUUGGCCAAGCACAGUUGCCUAAUAUCUUCGAAUCAGAGAUGCAAGAAUUGAUACUAUCAACCUGGAACUCCCAUUCAGCGUCCAAACAGCUUGUGGAUACAAUCCUGGAGUUUAUUCGAACAGUCUCUGAUGCUUUAGUAGAUGAAAUUGGCCCAUUUUCAUCUGGGUACGCUCGUGGAAUCAUUCAAUCUAACCAACUAGUGGUAGACUUCUACUACCAAAUGUUUGGUGAUUCAUUUUGCAACACUAAACCUCCACUAGUCCAACUCGAAAACCAGAAGAUUGGAAGAGAUUUCGUUUGUCUUUUGGAAAGAUACCCAGAACUUCUUAAUAGCUGGUUUCUUCGUCCUCGACUGUUUGUACCUAUGGAUUUCUUCUUAGACAACUUUGAAGUGUUUCCACAUGAGGUGGCUCAAUGCUUCCAUUUCAGUCAGCAAUUUCCUGCUUCAGAAGAUAUGGAUGAAAGGUGUCGAGUCAUGCUUAUGAAAACUGCUUGGAAAAGUGCUGAUGAACAUGAAGUCUUAUCUUCCUACUGGAAGAUUCAAUUCUUCGAAGAGUUGAUGCUGCUAGAGAAUGUACCAAAUCACUACACAGAGUACCUACACCAGUUUCUACUUCUGGUAAAAGAGUGCAAGUCGCUAUUUCGUGUUUGUUUUUGCCUUCUUGAGACUGUUGAUUCUAAGGCGGUAGAAAUGGAGGUGGUUGCGGUUUUGGAACACCGACUACUGCUUUUGUCUCCACAACUGCCCCUAGGAACCAUUGAAGAGUUCGAUUUGUUGGGGAUUAUGACUAACGUGGCCAAAUUGUUCGAUAUCAACAACUACUUUGUGACAAUUAACCUCCUUUACAAGGACGAUAUUUCACUGGAGGAUUUUGAGAGUCUCCAGUUCUUUCAUGAUACGGUGGAACAAUAUUUGUAUAACCUACCCAGAUUUGUUGCCAAAGAAGUGGACUACUACGAGAAGUUGAGAAAUCAAAACGAUGAUGUGAUUCCACAAUCCAUUCAAUUGGAUUACCAAAAGGCUAUUCCACUGUUUUUAUUGAAAAGCUUGAGAAGUUUCUUUCUGAACUCGUGUCUAGUCAACAAGUGUUUGACCAUGUGUAUUUCGGAACUUGUGGUUUUCGAUUUUUUACACAGCAGCUCCGUUUCUGUCGAAAUUUUCUCAUGUUUAAGAGAAGUGAUUGAAAGCUUAGAUAUGGAGGCUUUUCGAAAUUGUCUCUUAGCUGGAAAGGAUGGAAUUGAUUUAAACGAUCCCUACAAUUGGGUAGGGGCCAAACAAAAUAUCGACUUACUCGAGAGAAUUAUUGCCUUCUCUCAUGCUGUGUUAAGAUCUAAGAAAAAGUAUAGAGAAAUGAAUCAACAAGAGAUCUCGUAA